AUGAAGACGAUAUGUAUUGCAAUCAUGGCUAUCCUGAUCACAAUUGUGCUGAUGGCGCCUGGUAUUUCUGCAAAAAAGGCCUUUUGCAGCAACGGAAAAUUCACUAUUGACGGAACAACAUUCCCACAGUACAACAGGGCAUGCUAUGCAAAUGGCGUCAUCACGCUGACAAACCUCCCGGGCUCUGAGGAAAUUUCGUGGAAAGUAAGUGGAGAUACGGGUGUCGGAAAUGUUGAAGCCGCUCGGUCCAGUGCGGACUCCACAACAACACCAAAGGGCGGAAACAUGUGGUGUAUGAAUCUCUGGGCACCCUCUUCGCCCAGCCAUACGAUAUAUUCAAACUCACUGGUCUCUCUGCAGGAUUUGCACUCAAAAAUCUGCUCAAAAUCUGCCACCUCCGAAGAGGCUGAAUUUGCACCGCCCCAAAACGAACAAACAUCGAUGCCGCUCAGCAAGGAUGAAGAGAACAUUCAAAAUUUUUGGGGAAUUUUCAAAUUCGAGCUUAUGAAAAUAAUGGCCCUGCCGGAGAUGAAAAAAAUCGAGCGAGAGUGUCUAAUGCAUAUGCAUGGGCAUCACGAUGAUCAACCAUUACCUCUUUUGCAGGAGGAGCUGCCCAUUGCAACGUCUGCGGGAGGAACAGAAAACGCCAGCGACGGCGAAAUUUCGGAGGAAAAAAUCGUCAUCACAGACCAGCCUGCGGAUGAGCAAUUAAAUAAGAUUUUUGUAAUGGAGGAAGAUGAAUCCCCUCUUGAGAUAACUGAAACAACGCAGUCCCCAAACAAGAUCGCCAAGCGAUCUUCCUCGGUUUCGUUUUCUGAUUUCCGGUGCAUUUGUAACGAGCCCUUUUUCGAUUCCCUCCCAUCUUCAGGCCUUAUUGAGUGCUCCAGAUGCGCCAUAUUCCAGCAUGCUCGGUGCGUUGGGGCCGGGGAAUCACAAGGCCCAUUUUUGUGUGCUCGAUGUAUUGUCAUUUCGCCUUUGCAGCAAAAAUCGCUUUCGAUUGCUCUUGAAGAGCCAAUCUCCGAUGGCUUGGGAGGCGAAAUAGUAAUUGAUAAAAGUUCACCCUCGCUCUCUCCAGAGCUGGUCAGAUCCUCAACUUCCUUUAAAUCCCACACACAAAUCCGCCCUUCUCUCCCAACUUUGCUUCCUGCCAUUAAGAGCCAAGGGUUCAUAUCUGGAGGGGGAUCUUCUUUGGCCACUCCCAAACAGGCAGAAAUGAUGUCCCAUACUUUGGCACCGCACUUUCCAAGGAUUACACCACCACUUUUGUCCUCUGCCUCUUCUUCAUCCUCAAAACGGGGAAGAAAGCCAAAGAUCUUGAAACAAAAUCUCUCGCUUGAAUCUGGUCUUGUUCCCGUUCUUUUAUCGAAAGAGACCCUUCCUCCUUCUUUUAGUGAGCCAACUAGUGUAGAAAGAGUUCCCUCUUCUAUUUCCUACAUUCCGGCCGAUCAUUUAAGGAUCAGUAAUGAUGCUAGGAGCCUCAUUCACCACGCUUGGAAAGUCUUUUAUGCAUCCGCUCUCUCCAAGCGGCAGUCUAAUCACAGAAUUCCAAAUGGAGUCCCAGCCGUUCUUGCGACCAUUCCUCGCUUGAUUUCUAACGAAACGGAAAAGAACAAGCCCGGAUCGAUUCUUGCACUUUUAAUGAAGGAAUUUUCUCUAAACUGCUCGUUUUGGUCUUUUGGAAUGGAAGAGAGGCCAAGGUCUCUUCGACUUUUCACCCGCGAAUUUAAGGCUCCAAAUACGGGCACCAAAUCUAUCGGUGUGUUUCUCACCGAGGAUGACGCCGCCGAAGGCAGCCGGCCAUUGUUGCCGGGCUCCUUUAUCACAAUGCUGACGGGAACGCUUUUAACUCGCUCUGCACUUGCCGAAGAAUUUGGCUCCUCCAAGGAUGACAAAGCGGCAUCUCGAAUUCUUCAGUAUUUUUUGUUCUUUCACCCUACGCUUCCUCUUGUUGUUGAUGCCAGAAAGGCGGGAAAUAUGGCAAGAUUUAUUCGGCGCUCAUGCCGCCCAAAUGUGGCCAUGCGGGGCAUCUUUGUGACGGGAGGAUCUCAUGUCUCCCAUUAUAAGGAGGACCCUGAAAAGGCUCAAGAGAACAUCAACGAAGCCGAUCCCGAUUCAUUGGCAAUUGCAACGUUCUCAAUUGGGAUAUUUAGUGUGGACCGAAUAAGACCCGGCAUUGACGAGCUUAUGCUCCCUUUGGAUAGUAACGGAUUUUGUUCUGCACCUUGUCCAGGGCCCCAUACGGGCCAUAGCCGCUCCUGCCUAGAUCCCUCAUGCUCGAUGCCUGUUUUAACGUGUGGCGAGGCACCAAAUUCGUCGUCAUUGCCGCCUCCACCUGCCAUAACGACCUCCACCUCCUCAUUGCCAUCGACGAAAGAAUCUCCACAAGCGUCAUCGAAAAGAAACUUGUCUUCAUCAUCAGCAUCUUCUCCCUCUUCGGUUUCAUCUUCUCGUCAUGGCCGAUCCAAAAUGGGCAAGAAGAGAACAGCUAUUUUGAGUCCGGUUUCACCGCUAUCCCCAACGUCUUCUGCCACAAAUACCCUUUCCUUGAGCAGGGAGGAGCGCAAGCUUCAAAUGUAUAUUGAAUCCAUCCAGCGGCUCGAGCAGCGCGAGAAGCGCAAGGGCCCGCGGUGA